CGAGAGUCUAGAUUCUGUUUCGUUUCUCCGCUUUGGUCCUGCUGUAGAGCUAAGUGUAAGCUAAUUGUGUGUGUAGUUUUUAAACUCCGAACUGCUUUAAAUGUUUUGCUACUUAAACGAGACACUUUAAGACUUGAAAAAAACUACCAAACUAGUCUUUCGGUCGGAAGCACAUGCAUAUAGUCCUCCGUAGCGUUGCGUGUUUACUUAGGCAGAGGUGUUCACGGGUUUUACUAGUGAGUCCAGUCAGCAAACAGGCUCUAAACACAAUGUUUUCAGAGUCUUCUAAAAGCCGAGCGCCAUCAUUCACUUAUAAAAUGCAGCUUUCAGAAGACAGCUGGACAUUGAAGUAUGUCACCGGCGACCUGUUUUCCUGCCCACGGGACGAAUCCUUGGCCCACUGCAUCAGUGAGGACAUCCGCAUGGGGGCAGGGAUAGCAGAGAUAUUCAAGAAGAGGUUCGGCGAAGUGCCGACGUUAAAGGAGCAGAAGAAGGUGCCAGGGCAGUGUGCUGUCCUGACACAUGAUCAACGUUUCAUCUAUUAUCUGAUCACAAAGAAAAAAGCCAGCCAGAAACCCACAUAUGACAACCUGAGAAAGAGUCUGGAAGACAUGAAGUCUCAUUGCUUACAGAAUGGUGUCAGUAGGAUAUCAAUACCUCGAAUUGGGUGUGGCCUGGACCGACUGCAGUGGUCAAAGGUGUCACAGAUCCUGGAGCAGGUCUUUAAAGAGACGAAUAUCACCAUAACAGUGUACAGUCUGCCCAAGAAAGAAGAGACCACAGUGAUGAAGGAAAAUAUGCGAUGAUACAUGGUUUUUACAAUUAUUAUUGGCAGAGUUCACUGUAUGCACUUUUCUCCAUUAUUCUCGCAGCAUGAAGUCAGGAGUUUUUCUAGUGGAAAAGCAGUUAUGUAAUGAUUAUAUAGCAAAUAAAAUGUAUCUUCUAACAAAUCAGUUUCACUGCAAAGGGCUCCUACAAAGAAAUGACACAGAGCUCUUCAGCAGCUCUGGUAAAGGAAAACUCCAAUCGGUAGUUUUCUGCUCUCUGAUUACAGCAGGGCUCCCUCUUGUGUUAAUUUAGGUUUUAUCACCAAAUCAAUAUUAAACAGAUGUGUGUAACACACCACUGUACUGGCUUUAGAACACACACCUCCUGUAGGGCUUUUUUGAAAGCAUUUUGAUUUUUUAAUAUUUAGAAUGCAGUUGAUCUUAAAAUAACUACAAGUCAGUUUCUCGGCUACAGCUACGCACAGCCAUUGUUUCUGUUAUUAUUCUAUAUAUCUUUUUUUUAUCUAUGAUGCUUUUAUAACCUGCUUUGUUCCCCAGCUGUUAAGAAUAAACAAUGGUUUACAUUGUGAAAAAA